ACCAGAGGAGGCAACGAAAGCACUACAAAGACAAGAAGCCGGCUGUCAUGAACUAUCCGCCCCGUUAGCCUAACCAGACAGUAAUUAGGAUAUGCCUCGAUCCGACGAAGCCUCCGCCUUCUUCUACGCCGUGUACAGCGCGGUGCAGGAGAUCCCUCCCGGCAAGGUCACGAGCUACGGACACAUCGCCAAGCUAAUCGGGACCCCCCAGAGGCCCCGACAGGUCGGCGUAUGCCUCAAGCAUCUGCCGUCCGACCCCGAGGCCCGCUUCAACAACGCCACCGUCCCCUGGCAGCGGGUGAUCAACUCCAGAGGGAUAAUUUCGCCGAGGUCUCAGCCGUCCGGUUCCCGGAACCAGGCAGCGGCCCUCGAGGCGGAGGGGGUGACAGUUACGACGGGCCCGCUGGGGGAGCUGAUGGUGAACUUGGCCGAGUUUGGCUGGUUCCCUCGUAUCCUGCCUUCGGAGGAGGCCGAGGGUCUGGAGCCCGAAGAUAGCAGCGAUGACGAUGAAGAUUAGGGGCUGCUGGGUGGUGGAAUUGGAGAGGCAAAGCAGAGAAGAGUAUUGCAACAUGGGCAUCGGUACUCUAGUUACCCUAUAAAGUGAUACCUGGUACGAAGCCUAGCAUCUCACCAGCGCCGUUUGGCCUUGGAGCAGCUGUUUCUGAACAAUGGGCUGCCAGUUACCUUAACGUAAAGGAAGAGGAAACACAAUCGGACGAGACAAUGUGCUGAGGCCUUGGAUAUAUCUUCCGAAACCCCGUUACCGACCGGCUUCUCCGAGUUGAUCGUCUGCUUCAGAGGUGGCAAGAGGCUCUUGGCCGUGUGCCGUGCCUGCUGCGCCAAAACCGC